UUUAGUACAGCAAAGUGUGUGAAAAGUGCUUGUGCGACGUAAUAGCAAACUGUGAAGUUGAAAGGUGUGAAGUGAAAAAGUUUUGAGGGAAAUCGCUUUGUGGACAAGGAAUCGAUUUUCAUCGGUCGGUAAUUGAGAAUUCUUCCGGUAUUUUACGUGUUCGUGCUUGAAAAUUGUGGUUUGGGCUUGCUACUAGGAAAGAAUACGUGACGGAAAAGGCGUUUCUACUCCACUCACUGUGCCCCUGUUUACAAGUUUUUAGACAUUUUGGAGGACAGGAUUGAUCAUGAGCACGCAGCCGAGUCCAGCAAAUCUUAAUUCGUCGACGGCUGAAAGUGAAAAGGUGUUCCAAUGGAUAAACGAGCUCUCCAACCCCGAAACACGGGAAACAGCAUUAUUAGAAUUAAGUAAGAAACGAGAGACAGUCCCCGAUCUUGCACCCAUGCUAUGGCAUAGCUUUGGCACGACGGCUGCGCUUCUACAAGAAAUCAUCAACAUCUAUCCAUCUAUAAAUCCUGCCACACUAACUGCACAUCAGUCCAAUCGUGUAUGCAAUGCUCUUGCCCUCCUACAAUGUGUCGCAUCUCAUCCAGAAACACGAACUGUCUUUUUACAAGCUCAGAUUCCAUUAUUUUUGUAUCCAUUUCUACAUACCACAUCGAAAACGCGUCCAUUUGAAUAUUUACGUUUGACAAGUUUAGGUGUAAUUGGAGCACUUGUGAAGACUGAUGAACAAGAAGUAAUUACUUUUCUCUUGACAACCGAAAUCAUUCCGUUGUGUCUAAGAAUUAUGGAAUCGGGUUCAGAGUUAAGCAAAACCGUUGCAACAUUCAUUUUACAGAAAAUUUUGCUUGAUGACAGUGGCCUGUCAUAUAUCUGCCAAACCUACGAACGCUUCUCACAUGUAGCCAUUAUACUAGGUAAAAUGGUUAUACAAUUAGCUAAGGAACCUUCCACAAGACUUCUUAAGCAUGUAGUUCGUUGUUACUUAAGACUUUCUGAUAAUCCCAGGGCUCGUGAGGCUUUAAGGCAAUGCCUUCCAGAUCAAUUACGUGAUGCAACGUUCGCUGCUUGCCUGCAGGAGGACAAGUCAACCAAACACUGGUUGACUCUACUCAUAAAAAAUCUAGAGCUGGGGUCUGCAGCGCCAACAGAUCCUCGCCAAAUGGGCAUAUCACCUUUGACCUCAUAAGCGCGUGUGGCCAGCAGUCUUACACAGAACGUCCUUGGGCGGGCAGUGUUCAGUGUGCAUAUGUAAAAUUACAGAUGACUUUCUAACAACCCCGUGAUAUAAUGAUAUGAAUACAAAGGAGACUGUCGUUGAUAAAACAUGUACCUAAUCAAAAUGAAAUACGGACACAAAUUAUAAUGUGCAGUUUUUAUCAUAUUUCUUAAUAAUUAUUAAACAAAAUAUAACUGGUUAUCGUCUUAAGUGAUUGUUUAAAAGAAUAUCUGGAUAUAUAGAUAAUAACUUAAGGUCAAACAAUAAUCGAUAAGUAGAUAGUAGAAUGCAAGCAAAUAUAUGUAGAUAACAACGUAAACUAUUUAAGUUGAUAUGAGCAUAUUUAAAAUGUUUGUACAGAUGUUUAGGAUUAUAAAAGAAAACAAAAUAAAUAUGGAUAAAAGAAAACAAAAUGGAGAUAAAUUAUAUAAAAGAUUUAUAAGGUCAUCGUAGCGACAAUGUACUUUUAUUAUUUUUAUACGCAUUGAUAAAAAUUGCAACAAUAAUUAUAACAAACGAAAAAUUCCAGAUGGAUAGUUAUGCGUGAUAUGCAAAUAGGAGGAACUCUUUGGAUAAAUAAAUACUUUUAGAAUA